AUGGAUGAUCUUUUCGACGUUUUCUCGGAGCAGCCGCGCCCCCCAAAGAAGCGCAAGGCGAAUCCCGAUGUCGAAAUGACGGAUGGCGCCGACAACGGGGAGCAAGGUGCGCCCAAACCUGACGAGACCUUGGCGGGUGCCAACGGUCAUUCAACGACAGACACGACAGAUCAAGGCCAAGGCGAGAGCAAGAGGCUAAAGUUGGAAGACGAGGCCGAGCCCAUCAUCACCGACACAUUCGAGACAGCCGAGUCACGGAAACUCACUGCCGCCCAUGGCUUUGCCCCAUCCACAGAAGCAGGAGAGUCUCUCGUCCUGUCUCACAAUAUCCAGCACCAGGUCGCGCUGCCUCCCGGUCUUGACUACGAGUACAUACCCCUAUCAGAACACAAGCCGCCCGCAGACCCGGCACGUACAUACCCGUUCAAGCUCGACCCGUUCCAGAGUCUCUCUGUUGCUUCGAUUGAGCGCGACGAAAGCGUGCUCGUCUCAGCCCAUACCAGUGCUGGCAAGACGGUCGUUGCCGAGUAUGCCAUUGCCCAGUGCCUCAAGCGGAACCAGAGGGUCAUCUACACAAGUCCCAUCAAGGCCCUGAGCAACCAAAAGUUCCGCGAUUUCCAGGCCGAGUUUGGCGACGUCGGUCUGAUGACGGGCGAUGUUACCAUUAAUCCAACCGCAAGUUGUCUCGUCAUGACGACCGAGAUUCUGCGGUCCAUGUUGUAUCGUGGCUCCGAGAUCAUGCGCGAGGUUGCCUGGGUCAUUUUUGACGAGAUCCACUACAUGCGAGACAAGACACGGGGCGUGGUCUGGGAGGAAACCAUCAUCCUCCUCCCGGACAAGGUGAGAUAUGUAUUCCUCUCGGCCACCAUCCCCAAUGCGUUCCAGUUCGCCGAGUGGAUUGCCAAGAUCCACCGGCAGGCCUGCCACGUCGUUUACACUGAUUUCCGGCCGACUCCGCUACAAAACUACUUCUUCCCGGCCGGUGGAAAGGGCAUAUACCUUAUCGUGGACGAGAAGGGAAAUUUCAAGGAGGCCAAUUUCAACCAGGCCAUGUCCUUAAUUGAGGCUAACAAGGGAUCGGACCCUGCGGACUGGAACGCCAAGCAAAAGGGGAGGGGGAAGAACAAGAGGACGAACAAAGGCGGCGACGCCUCGGAGGAGCUCUCCGACAUCGCCAAGGUCAUUAAAAUGAUUAUCAAGAAGAGCUUCCAGCCAGUCAUCGUCUUUAACUUCAGCAAACGCGAGUGCGAGCAGAUGGCGCUGAAGACUUCGUCCAUGAAGUUUAACGCACCGGACGAGGAAGCCAUGGUCAACACGGUUUUUGAUAACGCACUGAAUCAGCUGUCAGAGGAGGACAAAAAUCUCCCUCAAAUUACAAACAUUUUGCCGUUGUUGCGGAAAGGCAUCGGUGUUCAUCAUUCUGGCCUCCUGCCGAUCCUCAAAGAGGCCAUAGAAAUACUUUUCCAAGAAGGCCUGAUCAAGGUCUUGUUCGCAACCGAGACCUUCUCCAUCGGUCUCAACAUGCCUGCCAGGACGGUCGUCUUCACGCAGGUCACCAAAUGGGACGGCGUACAACGCCGACCGCUCACCUCGUCCGAGUACAUCCAGAUGGCAGGCAGAGCCGGCCGUCGUGGUCUCGAUGAUCGAGGUAUUGUCAUCAUGAUGGUCGACGACAAGCUUGAACCGGACACCGCGCGGAGCAUUGUCGUUGGCCAGCAAGACAAAUUGAACUCAGCCUUCCACCUCGGCUACAACAUGAUCCUCAACCUCCUGCGUAUCGAGGCCAUAUCCCCCGAGUACAUGCUCGACCGGUGCUUCUUCCAGUUUCAGACCGCCCACAGCUUACCGCAACUUGAGCGGGAACUGUUGACUUUGCAGCAGGAGAAGAACAGCUUGCUCAUACCCGACGAGAGCACGGUCAAGGAUUACCACGAUCUCCGCACGCAGAUCGAUGAGUUCAGCAAGGAUAUGAUUGCAGCGAUCCAGCUCCCGAACAACAGCAGGCCGUUUUUGCAACCCGGCCGUCUGGUGCAUAUCGAAACCCCUGGCGGUACGGACUUUGGCUGGGGCGUCAUCAUUGAUUUCAGGGAGCGCAAGGCCGAUAGAAACGAAAAGGCUGACUGGCCCCCACAAGAAUCUUACUUUGUAGACGUUUUGGUCAGCAUAUCCCGGGACAGUAAGGAGUUCAACCGCGAUGUCAAGAAUGACACCGCGGUGCCCGAGGGCCUCUUGCCAGCGAGGCCUGGCGGGGAGGGCCGGUGGGCAGUGAUUCCGUGCCUUGCCAAUAGUAUCAAGGCCUUGAGUCAAGUCCGCCUGAAAAUCCCCGACGAUGUUCGGUACCGAGAGGAAGAGAAGAGGGUGGGUAAGAUGCUGAAGGAAGUCCAACGGCGGUUCCCGGAUGGCAUCCCAAUCCUGGACCCGAUCGAAGGCAUGGGCAUCAAAGAUGAGUCGUUCAAGAAACUCCUGCGCAAGAUCGAGGUGCUUGAGUCCCGUCUCAUGACCAAUCCGCUGCACAACUCGCCUCUACUCGACGAGCUGUACGGGAGGUACGUGGCCAAACUCGCGCUGGAGCAAAAUAUCAAGAAGACAAAGAAGGCCAUCGCCCAGGCCCGCAGCGUGACGCAGCUCGACGAGCUCAAGUCGCGAAAGCGCGUCCUGCGGCGGCUGGGCUUCAUCAACGAGUCCGAGGUGGUGCAGAUGAAGGCGCGUGUCGCGUGCGAGAUCUCGUCGACCGAGGGCCACGAGCUUUUGCUAGCUGAGCUGCUCUUCAACCGGUUUUUCAACGAGCUCACGCCCGAAAUGUGCGCGUCGGUGCUGAGCGUCUUCAUCUUUGACGAGAAGGUUGAGACGCAGGCGCUUAAGGAGAACCUGUCGAAACCCUUCCGCGAGAUCCAGGCGCAGGCGCGCAUCAUUGCCAAAGUCAGCGCCGAGAGCAAGCUGGAUGUUAAUGAGGAGGAGUAUGUGGAGAGUUUGAAAUGGCAGCUGAUGGAGACGGUGCUGGCGUGGGCGAAUGGAAGGCCGUUUUCGGAGAUAUGCAAAAUGACGAAUGCAUAUGAGGGUUCGCUGAUCCGCCUGUUCCGCCGGCUGGAGGAGCUCCUGCGGCAGAUGGCCGAGGCGGCCAAGGUCAUGGGCAGCGAGGAGCUCAAGGAGAAGUUUGAGCUGAGCUUGACCAAGAUCCGCCGCGACAUUGUGUCGUUCAACAGUCUGUACCUGUGA